UGGUAACAUACAAACUCAAGUCUUGCAUCGAAUUGAGGGAGAGAACUUAGCGAUUGUUUCCGACAUCAUCAGAGUCGUCAGUAACCAGUAAACGAUACCACUUUGGACUUUCGUCUAUUGAAGUUAUGGUGACUAACUUCUGGCCAACCUUGCAUCCUCCCAUCAACACGAGUAGUACUGAGAACCUCGUCAGAAGACCGGAAUUGGCUCGGCGUCACGGAUUUUGGAGUUUUCUUGCCCGCAGUCCUCUCGUUCCAUUCGCCCUGUUUGCUGGAAUUAGCUGUAUAUUUACAGUUGUGUUUUUCGCUUCGUGGUUGAGCAAACAAAUCCUUCACUGCCCGGCAUGGGCGAGUAAUUGCACAGUGCCUCGCCGCACCCAAGAAAUUACGGACAACAUCGGGACCGUGCAAGGAAUCAGCACAGUAGUUUACUCCAUCGGAUUGGCAGCAAUAGCCUAUGCUGCCCACGCUUUCUCUGAAUCAGCUUUGUGGCCGCUACUGUAUCGACAAAACUUCACACUGAAUCAGAUGGACAUAUACCUUAAGGCGAGCGGUGGCUCUAUUGCUUCUUCCCCGGCUGCUGUGUUUACGAUACGCAAUCUCAACUCUGGUCUGAUUCUGUUUGCGACCAUUAACAUCACAUUGCUUCCACUUGCCGGCGCUCCAUUAAUGGGACGUGUAUUUAAUCAGCAAAAUCAAUCCAGCGUCUUUGAGAGUCUGUACGAACGCCCGGGUGGCAUGAUCGGUCCAAUAUUCAUACAAAGAAACCCUCCUGGUGUCAUGCUGGAACGAGCUGCAGCUUGGUACACUUCAUGGGCGUGGAAUAUGUCUACCGAGCCAAUGGGAGACCAACGCAGUUGGAUUCUCGACCGGAAGACCUUGUCAGAACGCGGCAACUUCUCUGCAAACGCUGUAAGAUUGCAACAGGAGAUCAGCUGCACAGGGUGGAAAGCGAGACCCAAGAAGUGGAAAAACGGGAUUCUAACAUUCAAUACAAGGAUGAACAAUCCCGAAAAUGGGCGAUCUGAGGGCGAUCAACAUUCUACUGCUGUCAAAGUUCGAAACAAGGACAAACUUGCUGUCCGGGCAGACGACUACGUAUUUGAAUCACCAACAAAAACCCGGGCGACGGUUGUUUUCGCUGCGAUCAACGGUUCAAUCGUCGGAGGUGACACCACAACUACGGAGGGGUUCGGCAAACAAAUCACCAGUAUAGCGUGUCAAAUAACUAUCGAGUUUGUGGAUGACAUCCUCACUGUCGGAGUGGCUCCCGAUACAGCGAGAGCACAAUUAGGAAGCGUUGCACAGCUGAGAAACUCUAAAAGCUUGAACGAAUUGGCGCUCUGGUUUGCUAUAUCACCCGUUGGGAACGGGGCUAGCGUCUUCGGGACAAUGCCGAUGUAUGAUGCUCCUUGGGGCGAGAUUCCACUCCGAUUUACUUCUACCAACGAAGGCUUGAACAAAGGUUGGGAAAUGGAGAAAAUUCGACAUUUCAUCAGUGUUUCAAUCGGGGCCACUGCACUUCGCGCAAGUACUUCGCCCGAUGCCAAUCCCGUCACAAUGCGUUCGAGCGCCCACACACUCAAACUGGAUCCAAAUCGGCCACUACUCUUGCUUGUGCUGCCUGUUUUGAUACUCAUCAACGCAGCAUUCCUAGUCUUAUGGAACGCACGACUAUAUCGGCAAACCAAGAUUCCGUGUUAUCAGCAAGCGAAGCUGAGCGAGAUCUUGACGUUCUCUCAGUCCAAUGACCUCAGAGAAGCGGCGGAAUCAGCGUGGCGUAGUGAAGGGGCAAAGAACAAACUCGAUUCUCUGGGGGUACGCUACUGGUAUGAUGAGGGUGCUUGGGCUUUGCAUACCGUGAACGCUAGGUCUAAAGGUCAGAAGAAGUCGCGCAGACAAUCACUCGCUGGUUACGAGCUUGUUGAUCGGAAUGUAUGAGACUUCGCGAACUACAUUUCUUCGCUCGCAGUGAUAAAACACAAGCAUGUCCCUCAAGCAGAAUUAGCGCUCGUAUACCAACUAUGUCGUCAGCGUAAACAUUCUGCCAUUUUUUAUCUUUCAUAUAAUUAUCCACCUUUCACAUAAUUCUCUCGGACCUGCGCACAAGU